AUGAAUGAAUCACCACCGCCAACCAGCUGUUUACCACCACAGCGACCGCCAUCACCAACAGCUACGAACGGCCCAACGCCUGCGCCAGUGCCAACCGUCGGACGCGAGGUGAGGGAGGCGCCACCUCUUAGCCUCGGGCUGGAUGGGUUCCGCAAACGCGUUUACGAGCCUUUGGGCGUGAUCGUCUGGCCUCCGCGAUUCCCUCUGUCAACAUCGGCGUGUUGUCUCGAUCCGACUCCGCUUUUCGCAUCGUGUGUGCCGUGUGUGAAUACGUGCGUGGUCUAUCUUUGUGCGCUCUGGUCUCCGAGGCACGCUCUUGGUCGAUCCUUGCUUGGCUGUUCGGAUCAGACAAGAUGCCGUACCGCUGCGGCCGAAGGUGCGUACGCGACCUUGUCAAUCCCUCCUCGUCUGGUUAGCACCAGGCCGGCCCUCGCUUUCACGCUCAGCCCGCCCACCCGCUGCAGCUGCGUGGGAUUAGUAGCACGCCCCCCCUGCUCGCGGCGUCGCCCCGUCGCCUCGUCGCCCAGUGGUCCAUAUUGCGCUCCAGCGGGUUCAGACCACCCGAAAGUCAAUCAGUAA